AUGUUUUAUAGGAGCAGCCAACAUGAUGUUCAUCCGCCGUUUAUGACGCGCAACCGUCUGAAGGUUAGGCGAACCACACACAAGAGCCGAAAGAAAAAGACUGUUGUACAAGUGUUUUCGCACUGUAUUCAGCGCACCGUGGAGGAGGACGGGGUUCUCUCCCAUCUGGGUGGCAUAAAAAUAUGGUUCUUCUUCAACAUGGACCAAAUGGCCGUCUAUAUAGGCAUGAUUGGGCGCACAGCAAACGAUGUUGUGGUGGCCCAUACGGUUGACGUAACUGUAAUGUAG